GUUUUGACUGUUUUUUGCAGAGAGCUUCAGAGCACCACGAAGUGUAUACACAAGGAGACUGUCAGCGUUCAGCUCCUCGAAUAUCAAACCCAAAGGACAAAAUGGCCUCGGACUCUCCGCGCAGACCGAGUCGUUGUGCUGGGGGGGUUUUGGUGCGAGCACAAGCUGCUACGGAGCAGUCUUACAUGGAGAGUGUUGUGACCUUUCUGCAGGAUGUAGUACCUCAGGCAUAUACUGGGGCUCCACCCACUGAUGAGAAAGAGAAAAUCAUUUGGGUUCGAUUUGAGAAAGCUGACAUUAAUGACACUGCACGCAACCCAGAGUUUAUGGAGAUGCACAGUGGCACUACUGACCCUCCACUCUGCCUCAUGAUUGGCUAUACUGAUGGAAUGCAGAUCUGGAGCGUAUCUCUGGCAGGAGAAGCUCAAGAGCUUUUCUCAGUGCGACACGGUCCAGUGCGAGCUGCUCGCAUUCUGCCAGCUCCUCAUAACAGUCCUGUAAAGCUGGACAGUUUUGCUGACAAGAGGCCCCUCCUUGGGGUCUGCAAGAGCACGGGGUCCUCUGGGACGAGCCCCCCCUACUGCUGCGCUGACCUGUAUUCGCUAAGGACGGGGGAAAUGGUUAAAUCAAUUCAGUUCAAGACGCCUAUCUAUGACCUCCACUGCAACAAACAUAUCCUUGUUGUGAGCCUGCAAGAGAAGAUUGCAGCAUUUGACAGCUGCACAUUCACCAAGAAGUUCUUUGUUACAAGCUGCUAUCCCUGCCCCGGCCCCAGCCUCAAUCCAAUAGCUCUGGGAAGCCGUUGGCUAGCCUAUGCUGAGAACAAGUUGAUAAGAUGUCACCAGUCUCGUGGAGGAGCCUGUGGUGACAAUGCACAGUCUUAUACCGCCACAGUGAUCAACGCUGCCAAAACUUUAAAAACAGGUCUGACGAUGGUCGGUAAAGUCGUGACCCAGCUAGCAGGCACCAUACCGGCAAGCACUCCAGACGAGGAGGGCACAUCUCACAGUGCAAGCCGUCGCAGCCCACACAACCCCGGUGUGGUCACCAUUAUUGACACACACAGUGUUGGAGAAGGACAGGUCUUGGUGAGUGAGGACUCGGACGGUGAAGGAGUGGUGGCUCACUUCCCAGCUCACGACAAACCUAUAUCCUGCAUGCAAUUCAACCCCAGUGGAAUGCUGCUGGUAACUGCCGACACCCUGGGACAUGACUUUCACGUCUUCCAGAUCCUCACCCACCCGUGGGCAUCUUCGCAGAGUGCCGUUCACCAUCUCUAUACGCUGCAUCGUGGGGAGACCGAAGCCAAGGUACAGGACAUGUGUUUCAGCCAGGACAGUCGCUGGGUAGCCGUCAGCACCCUCCGUGGCACCACACAUGUAUUUCCCAUCAACCCCUACGGCGGUGCACCGUGUGCCCGGACUCACAUGUCCCCACGUGUGGUAAACCGGAUGUCGCGCUUUCAAAAGAGCGCUGGAUUGGAGGAGAUUGAACAGGAGCUGAACAGGGCAGCUGCUUUAGGAGGAGGAGCAGGAAGUCUCGCAGGAAGUGGCUGCAUCUUAGGUGGAGGAGGCAUCGGUGGGCGCUGUAGCCCCAUACCUGGCCUGUCCAGUAGCCCCUCAGGGUCUCCAUUACAUGCCAAACUGAGCAGCCAGGAUUCGUACAACAAUUUCACCAAUAACAACAUGGGGAACCCGCGGCUCAUCCCAUUGCCCAGCCUCACUGUGGUGCUGCCUUUGGCUCAGAUCAAACAGCCCAUGACCCUGGGCACCAUCACCAAGCGCACAGGACCCUACCUCUUUGGGGCGGGAUGUUUUGCCAUUAAAACUCCAUGCAAAUCUAAGCCACCCCCCCAGAUCUCACCGAGCAAGUCCAGCGGAGGAGAGUUCUGCGUGGCGGCCAUCUUCGCGUCACCUCGCUCCUGGUUCAUCACUAAUCCCAACAUAAAAAGAGAGAAAGAUCAGUCCAGGCAGUCGGUUGUGGACUCGCUGUACGUAGUCAGUUGCUAUGGUAACUUGGUGGAGCACGUCUUGGAACCUCGGCCAUUAAGCACGUCACAAAAGAUAAGCGACGACACACCGUUAGAACUCAACACCUGUCCAAGGGCCUGCUGGAUUCUAGCCAGGACUCCACAGUGGAAUGAGCUGCAGCCACCUUUCAACUCCAAUCAUCCUUUGGUGUUGGCCUCAGAUCUAGUGCAGUACUAUCAAUAUCUCCUGGCUGCUGUACCCCCAGGAAGCCCCGGCCCAAUCACACGUCACGAGUCAUCCGACAGUCUGGCAUCAGACCACAGUGGCCAGGAGGAUGAGGAGUGGCUCUCUCAGGUGGAGAUUGUGACUCAUACAGGCCCCCAUCGGCGCCUGUGGAUGGGCCCCCAGUUUCAGUUUAAGACAAUUCAUCCUUCAGGCCAGACCACAGUCAUCUCCUCUUCAUCCUCGGUGCUUCAGUCCCAGGGCCCCAGCGAUGUUCAGCAGCCCCUUCUGGACUUUGACACAGACGACCUGGACCUCCACAGCCUCAGGAUCCAGCCAGUACGUUCAGAGCCUGUCAGCAUGCCCGGCUCAUCGCGGUUGGUGGCUGAUCGUCGUGGCCAGUCCAACAUCAUGGAUGCAGGAUCAGGUUAUUCCUAAAAAACAGAAGUCCUCGCUCUGCCAGUCACCUCAGUUCAAUUGAUUUGCUUUGCUUUUGUUCCUCACAAGCAUGCAUCAUUUUCAUUGUCCAUCCAUCCAUCCAUCCAUCCUUCCACCUUUCCCCCUCUCUUCACUACCCAACCAUUGUUUUAUCAUUGGUGUAUGAGAGAAGAGGACAGGCGGAAGGAGGAGUUGGAGGAGGAGGAGGAGGAAGAAAGGAAGAUGGACAGCUUUCUACUUUUCUGCCUUUCUGUUUGUGUGACCAUUUGUUUUUGUUCUGUUAUGGCCUUAUAGAUAGUAGCCAUCCUGAACCCAAGUCGCUUAAAUAAAAUCAUUAGAUGUAUUAGAAAAACUGUCUUAGUACCUGUAAAAAGUCUUUAUACCACUUAAUACAGUAAUUUACCAAGGCCAUAUUUAUAUUUUUCCUUUUGUUCCUAUCCAUCAGGUGCUUCAGCCGGGAACCUGUAAUAGAAGGGUUGUGUCAAUGGUGCACCAGUCACAACUUUAACCAUGCUGCUUGUAGGGGUCUGAGGUCAGGUUGGCAAAUAAAGUUCGUUGGUCAUCUUCCAGAAAAAUUCCUUUUUUCCUUCAGCCACUCAGAAGGGACGCUCAUCCAUUUAUAGCCUAUAACUGUACAGGUCAACAUUUUAAAAAUGAAUGGGCAUGUUAGGUGGUGAUGUUUGGAGCUGCCCAACAGACUCUGUUGUAAACAGGAGUAUGGGAGAACCCGGCUUUGUGCUAUAAUUAAUUGAAACAAGGCAUUGCUGUUGUGGACAUAAAAACAAAAUCUUCCACAGAGUCAGAAAUCACAAAGAUGUCACACCCAAAUUAAACAUUUACUAUUAAAGAAAUGAGUCCUAAAGUUAAAAUUGAAGCUAGUUUCUCCAAAUGUAUGGAGUGUAACAUACAGCAGAGCAGGAUUCUUGCCCAUUCAAGCAUUUGGUCCAACUGUAGCUUAACCUGUUGACCCAGUCUGCAUAAAUUGAGUUGCAGCCUCCUAAUAUACUUUUUGAAAGAGCUUCUUGUUACCAUUAACAAGCAGGAAAAGUUAAUAAAGUAGCUACUAAAUCUCUAUAUUAUAUUAUAAUUUGUGUAACUCCCGAGAAAGGUGAUGGAGAGGUCAUUUGCUUUAACAAUGGGAAAAAUAUGAUAUGGCCUAAAAUAAUUGAGCUUUUUUAGAGUACAUGUUACACACUUAACACCAACAAGUACAUUAUUUCUUAGGUUCUAUUAAAUAUACAUGAAAUACAUUCAUUCUGUUUCCGAAUAUCAGCUGCCUCAUGUGGAGCAGUUACACAGUCCUCACAGCUUUCACUGGGGACUGAACCACAGGACAUUGGGCUCAGCUGCAUCUAUUGUGAUUCAAUUUUUCUGCACAGGAACUCGCACAAACAUAUUCAGCGCACACUCUACAGCAUUUGCCCUUUAGGCAGAGAAUAAAGCACAUAUUAUACGUCCAUCUUAGGACGAGAUGGAAAGAAGGGUCACAGAAUGAGAGAGGAAGUGCACAAGUGCACUCGUGUCUGCAGAGUAAUCGACAAUAUGAGACUCAUCCAGAGUUUCCUGCCCAUACAGUCUGGCAUAAGCAGAUAUUACAAUUUUUUAUAGAAAUGACCUUGUAGGAGUGCUUCCCUAUUAGGUGAUGAUAAUGGAAAUAGUCUGCAUUGGCAGCUCAUGAUGACAUUUUUCUGAACAUUUGCUUUGGUGAGUAAUAAGAAUUCUGCCGUGCGCUACUAUGAACGUCGCUGUACUCUCAACAAACCAGCAGGAAAAAAGCUCCCGCCGUAGCCUGUCAUCAGGUGUCGAGCUCCUGCAUCAUAACAGUGCCUGUUGUGACCUGGAGCCAAAACACUUCACUAGUUUUUAUUUAUGUAUUUAAUGGUGUCCAUGUAAAGUGUUUCGAUAGUUUUCACCCAGACUGCUUUCACUGCUGUGAUACCAGGUAUUGCCUUACAGUGUUGGCCCAGCUAAAAGAAGAGCUUUUCUUUCUGAACUGAGAGAGAUGAAAGAUUCUCACCUUUCAGUUUAACCCUUCAGUUGUUGUGGUGCACGUGUGUCAAACAGGAUUACUGUAUCCUGGACCACCUCAGUAUUAUGUGUUGACGGCUGGUUUCAGUAACCAAUAAAUUUAUCUUGUCUGUAAUAACGAGUCCCUAAAGUUGUAUUUUUGUGUAUUCAAAGUAUCCAAUCUUAUUUCACAUGUAAAUAUCCAUUAUGUAAUCCAUGUGAUUUUCAGUAAAUGUUUCCAUAUUGCAUUAUCAUUAAACUUGUACAUGUUUUGCUUUAGGCUGGGAGUUUUUAGAGAUGUGCACGGUCUCACACAGAUGCCCAUACUGCAUCAUUUAUUCUCAAUUCCAGCUCAUUUGAACAUUACAGUGAAUUUGUGAGGA